CGGGACGCGGGGUCGGCCCGGCCAUGGCCGCCCGCGGCGGGCAGCGGGAGCGGCCGGACGCGGUGCAGCUGGACCGGCUCCUGAGCGAGCGGGUGCACAAGGAGAUGCGGCACCAGAAGCUAUACACGCAGUACACCGUGAACCCGCUCCAACCCGUUUACACAGUCACCAGGAAGCCAAUGUCUUGGCAUGACAACAUAGAUGAGCCAACAGAUGACGAGUUCCUGAAACUUUUUCACCGCGCAGCACUGCAGCCAAGACAGAAAUAUUCAGAGCCGCAAACUGAAAGCCAAGAAAUUGGCUGGAACACAACACCUCUGAUUCCUGUGGACCGUAAUGAUUGCAGACUCCACUUCCCACGCCGGAAAACCGAGUUCACUACAUAAAUGGCUGCCCUGAGGCAUGGGGAGGAGGAGAGUAAGAACCUUCAGUAGUAGAGGGGGAAAGCCACAAACUCAGAUAGACAUCUAAUGUGUUAGGCCUGCUUGUUAAUAGGCAAGUCUGGUAGACUUCUAGUAAGAGACAAUAGAAAAGGGAAGAGAGAACCUCAGUCUGUCCCAGCCUGACAACACUGACAGAAAUAAACUUAUAAGACUGCUGUA